AUGAAGAGUCGCCGAAAACAAGACCGGCAUCCGCCUGGAGAGCAAGCAAGGCAGGCCUCAGCUAGGUUCAGAUCACGGAUGACCAUCAAAGCCUCCCUCCCUCAAAUUCCUCCUGCCUCCACCCAUGUUAAGCUUCUAAAGUCCGUCGAGCCUCCUUUGUACGAUGCCAAACCUCACAUAGAGCUUGGGGAAGGACCGGAGAAUUCGAAGGAGCAAGCCGAAGAAGGGAGAGAGGGCAAGGCUGCUAGACGGUAG